AUGGCCUCCGUGUUCGCCGACCGCCCGCAAAAGAAGCUCGUCCUCUUCGACGUCGACGGCACGCUCACGCUCGCGCGGCAGCAGCUAGUCGCCCCGGAGGUGCUUGAUACUGUGGCAGCGCUGCGCAAGAAGGUCGUGACGGGCAUCGUCGGCGGGUCCGACUUUGUCAAGAUCGCCGAGCAGUUUGCGGUCCCUAACUCGGGCAAAACUGUUGUUGACUACUUUGACUACACAUUCGGCGAAAACGGCCUCACCGCGUUCAAGCUGGGCAAGCCGCUGCCCUCGGAGGCGUUCAUCAAGUACGUCGGCGAGGAGCGCUACAAGGUCCUCGUGAACUUCAUCCUGCACUAUCUCGCGGACAUCGACAUCCCCAUCAAGCGCGGCACGUUCAUCGAGUUCCGGAACGGCAUGAUCAACGUCACGCCCAUCGGCCGUAACGCUACCAUCCAGGAGCGUCUCGACUUCCAGGCGUACGACAAGAUUCACGGCAUCCGCCCGGCAUUCGUGAAGGUGCUGCAGGAGAAGUUCGCGGACUACGGCCUCACGUUCUCGAUAGGCGGCCAGAUCUCGUUCGACAUCUUCCCGAACGGCUGGGACAAGACGUUCUGCCUGCGCCACGUCGCGGACGAGGCGUUUGACGAGAUCCACUUCUUCGGCGACAAGACGUACCAGGGCGGGAACGACUACGAGCUGUUUGUGCACCCGGGUGUGGUUGGGCAUACGGUGAAGAACCCGGAGGAUACCGUCGCGCAGCUGAAGGAGAUCUUCAAGCUCUGA